UCGCAGAGAUAAAAAAUGGAAAAUUAGCUAGUUUGAAGUAUUAUGGUGAACAUAAGAAGCCUCUAAGUAAUAGAAGAAAACUUGACUUUAACAAAACAGUUACGAGCAAGAGGUCAAGUAGAGACAGAAGGCAGAAAAGACUUAAUAGUACUAUUAGAAAAAGUAAGCGUCAUUGUGGUAGUAAAAGAAGUUGGGUUAAACAAAGAUUAUCUAAAAAUGAAAAAGUAUACAAUAAAGAGAAUUGA